AUGGAAGACGAUCCCUUCAAGAAUCUUUUCGGCAACGUCUCCGAUCCGCGCCUCCAAGAACUCAGAGAAGGUGCCGAUGAGGAUGACGAGGAAGCUGACAGCGAAGUGUCUCUCGAAGUGGCGGGAGAAGCCGAAGCCAUCAGCAGAGUGAUGCAGGAGCUGCCCGGAGCUCUAACUUCCGAACGCAGCAGGCGACAAACCCGGUCGAAGACCUUACACGAAGACUUCGUCGGUCUUCUGACCUCUUCUGAGAGUGAGGGCUUCGACGAUGAUCGAGACGAGGACUACGUCGCCGAUCCUAGACAACUACGCAAAAUGAAGCGGGAACAAGCGUCAUCGGCGCAAUCUGAUGGAGACUCAAUCGGCCCUUCGAUGCCUCACGACGCCUACGAGAUAACCAAGAGCUUCCUCGAAGGCAACAUCAGCUUCAGUGAUUUUGCUGAAAAAAUGGACGUAAAAGGCGAAGCCGACGGUGAUGAUUCCGAAGACGAAGUAGAUUCCCGGGAAGAUGUUGGAGAGUCUCCAAAGGAAGUUCACGAGCAUGCCCGAGCCGAGUCUUCCAAGGCACCGAAGAUUCGUCGUUUCAAGAAGCUCCCUCGAGAUCUUCAAGGCUCAUUAGGUCAAGCAUCGCUUCAUCUCGCAGCCGGCCGUCUUGAUGAAGCUAUAGAAAAAUGUAUGGAGGUGAUCCGUAUCGCCCCUGACGCAGCUGACGCCUAUAAAACCCUGGGAACUAUCUUCAUGCAGCAAGGGGACGACCUGAAAGCAUUGCAGGUCUCCAUGAUUGGAGUUUAUCUACGACCGAAUGAUGCUCAGGAAUGGCAUCGCUUGGCAUCAUGGAGUCUCGAUCUGGGCAACCGCGAACAAGCUCUCCUAUGUUUCAAGCGAGCCGUGAAGGCCGAGCCGGAGAACGCAGAAUUCUACCUGGAAAUCGUGACAUUGGCAAGCGAGUUGGGUAACCAUAGGGACUGUUUCCGCUACGGCACCUCCGUCAUCCCUCGAUUCGCUGAGAAUCAGGCCCAGAUGUGUAUUCAAUUAUCGAGAACAAUCGCUCAAAUACAGUACAAAUACGGAAAGCCAACGAAAGGCGCGGAAGUUCUCGAACUGGCUUUCCGACGUUUCCCCGACGCUAUAUCUUCGGAAGACGUUCACAUGCUCCUCGAAAUCCAGAUCGAAGCCGAGCUCUUUACGAAAGCCUUGAAGGUGCUCAUAUCGCAUUGCGGUAUAGAGGUUGAACCUAGGCUCGACCCGGACGCAGAACAUUGGGAUCUCAGAGAUGCGAAAUCACUGAAAAUGGUCAACCUCCCGCUGGACAUUCUUUCCAAAUGUAUUGUUUGCGUUGCUCACCUCGGUGGGGUCCAUCUAGUUUUGGACUCAGUCGAACCCAUCAUAAAAGGAGGCCUCGAUGCAACAGGAGAUCUCGUUUUCGAUGUUGCCGAGGCUUUCCUCCAGAAUGGUGCAACUUCCCGCUCUCGCGAGCUUUGCGAGCUCCUGCUAAAAACAGAAAAAUUCAAUAUUGCGGGCGUGUGGUGGCUUUUAGCGCAGAACUUGCAGAACUUCCCCGACGAGGAAAGCCAAUGCAUUAAGGCGUACAGGAAAGUGCUCGAGAUGGCUCCCGACCAUAUAGAUGCCAGAUUGAUGUUCUCGUCGUUCUUGGAGAAGUCCGGCUCGAAAGCGGACGCCAUUGAAGUUUUGAAAGGAAAUAACGAUCUCAAGCUCUUGAAGAAACGUUUCGAGCUCGCUCAGGAGAAAAGCGACAUGGAAGAAUUUUGCAAUACACUGUUCCUGUUAUUGAGCGCCGCCACGGUACAUCUCCCCGAAGACUUGAAGAUCCCGAUGUUGUCUGAGUGGGCGCAAAUGAAAGGGCGGAUCGAGUUCAUAAAGAACGAGCUGGCCAAGAGAGGAUUGCCGAUCGACUUCCCCAACUACAGACCCAACCGGAUCGAAUUCCACGGUCACAUCCGCGAAGCUCUGAGAUAUCUCUUGAAAGCAAAUAGAAUGGAUCUGUAUCUGGACAUCUGCUGUCGAGCAGCUCUGAUCUGGUGCCUGCACGAUACUCUGCACGAUAGCCACACGUUCCACCUCUACACGCUCGUGGGUGCGAUGAAGCUGAAUCUUGAUGAAGUUUCUUAUCAAGCUUUUCGUCUCCUUUGUCGCACCUACCCAUCAUGCGUACGACUCUGGAAUUUCUUUGGAAUUUUCAUCAACCGCAGUCUACUCGUGAGACACAAUAAAUUCGUUCUGCGUUUGCUCAGAGCAAAGCCGGAUUCGGUGGUUCUUUGCUUGUUGAACGGUCACAACGCCCUGACCUUGGGAUCGUAUAGGCACGCCUUGGCCGAAUACUUCUUCUUGUUGGAACGAGAGGAUUGUCCGUCGGAUAUAAUUCCCCUCAUAAAUCUCUCCAUUUGUAUCGCGUAUCUUCAAUUGGCUUUACAGAAGUUUUGUGUCAAUCGAUAUAGCCUCUUAUGCCACGCGGUGACGUUCUGCAAAAAGUACGCACAAGUGCGUGGGGACUGUCAGGAGACUUUCUACAAUGUCGGUCGGUUCGCGCAUCAGAGCGGGCUCCUCAAUAUAGCUCUGCACUUCUAUAAGAAAGCGUUGGAGUCCGAACCCGUUCCUUCCGAGGAUGGCAUGCUCGACUUACGCAUGGAAAUCGCCUACAAUAUUUCUAGGAUCUAUCAACACGCCGGAAACGUUCACCUUGCGAGAUACUACGUUCAUAAAUACAUGGUGAUAUGA